AUGGGUACUUCGACUCCCCCCGACGAUCACGACUCGCCCUCACCCGCCGAGCAGCGCUAUCACGAAGCGGUGGGCGACACGCAAUUGAAGCUGUCAUUGCGCACCAUUCCCGAGUUGAAGAAGAGCGCCUCAUGUGCUCAACUGCAAAAAGUGAGCGUGUUGGAGGCCGUCGACCUCGAUGCGCGCCCUACCUUUGCUAUUAGCGUUUCAUCCGACGUGCCUACUGGCCCUCUCGAAUUUAUUCACAUCAAUCCGGCCCUCGCAGCUGUUCCCUGGUUGUUGUCCAAAGUCCAUGGGAAUGACAGUCCUAAUGCCAUCUUCACCGACGCGUAUGAAUCCCAUGUUGCCUACAAGAACUGGCUUUUUGGGCAAGCCGAAGCCUCCGAUGAAGCAAGCCCAGGGAGUGCCUUCGUUUUUGCUGAUUACCUGUGGUGGUCCACGUCUGUAGGCCUCUAUUCCAUCGUGAGCGGCACUCCUGUCGGCUUGUUGCACCUAGACCGCAAAUCUCGGGUACGUAGGAGUCGCACUAUUGACUCGCAAGAGCAUAGCCGGCCUCAGAACCACCCUCAGUUUGUCCCUGGCCGUCUACCAGCAGUGCGCUCGAUAGAAACAUCCAUGGUUGCCGAGUCCUUGAAAUCAUUUGAACAACAUCCGCCCGGAGCUCCUAUUUUUGAGUCCCAGUUUACGCCCACAGCUUCAUCGAAGGCUACUUUGACUCAUGGCCCGUUCGACUACACGCUCGACCCACCUCCAUCUACCAUCUCGGACCACAUAAAGUACUUCCGGAGUGUCGCAUGGGAAAAGACGCCCUUGGGCCCAAUGCAGGAUUGGUGUCCUCAACUGAGAUGUAUGGUCAACAUGAUCAUGAAUGACAGCUAUCCCGCUGUACUGUUUUGGGGUCAGGAAGUUACGAUGAUUUACAACGAAUCAUACAUUGAGAUUAUUGGCCUUCUCCAUCCAUGUAUGGGUCAAAGCGCACGCGUAGCAGCCAAAGACUAUUGGCCACAUUUCGAGCCCAUCGUUCAGCAUAUAAAUGCCACUGGCCAGACAAUCAGCAAUGAUGAUUUGCCCCUGUUCCUAGAUCGCCACGGAUUUUUGGAAGAAACGUUCUUCUCUUUUCAGUUUACUCCUAUUCUGAACGAUCUUGGGAACGUUGCUGGUUACUACCAACCCUUGGUUGAGACUACUAAGAAUGGCCUUCUUGAGCGCAGGGUAUCUAGUUUGGUUGAGGUUGGAAGUCAAACUGCUAAAGCUCGUGACUUACCUACCUAUUGGGACCUGGUGAUUAAUACGCUGGCGAUCAAUGAUAAAGAUGCCCCAUUCGCUUUACUAUAUGCGGCAGAAAGUCAACAUGGGCAUGCUUCAUCUUCCAUAUCUUCUCCCAGUAGUAUGAGUAGCGAAGUACAGCAGUUUGAACUCAAAGGCUCAAUCGGAGCAGAUUCCGGUCACGCUAUCGCUCCUUCCAUUAUUGACCUGCGGAUGGACAAAAGCACUGUAUUCCACCCGUAUCUGGUCAAGACAAUCAAAUCCAGAAAACCUGUUGUUGUCCACUUCAGCGAGCUGGAUCUGCCCAAAGGAACACUGGAUGGAAUCAAGUGGAAAGGCUACGGCGAUCCAUGCCGAUCCGUGAUUGUCUGCCCCAUUUUGCCUACUACCAGCGAGCAGAUACAAGGCUUUUUGAUUCUUGGCAUCAAUCCUCGCCGCCCGUUUGAUGAGGACUACCAGCAAUAUGUACAUGUCACGCUUCGUUUGUUGGCAACGUCCCUCGCUUCUGUGGUACUAUUUGACGAGGAAAUUCGUCAGAAAGAGAACGCCAUAGGUCAAGCAGCCCGUAUACAAGAACAGCUACUUGACGAGUUGCAGCUGAAGGAAAAAAAGUUCCAGCGUUUCGCCGAGCGAUCAGACGUCGCCAUUUUCAUCGUCGAUGGCGUUGGCAAAUAUAGCUAUCGCAAUCAAAGCUGGUAUGAUCUUUUUGAGUCUGCAGUUGAGGCAGAUGAUGUAAUGGGGGCAUGGACCAACAUUGUGUUUCCCGAAGAUAUUGCCAGGUGCGAAGGCCUGUUCUCGAAGUUAGCAGUAGAGAAGUCUGCCAUUUGCUUCGAGCUCAAAACAACAAUGCCUUGGACGCCACCUGCCUCACUACGUCAGCCCGAGGGCAAGGCGCAGGAGCAUUUUAAAUGGAUUCUGUGCUCUGCAUAUCCAGAGCUGGAUGCCAAAGGCGAGAUCAUCGAGAUUGUUGGAAACGUCACUGAUAUUUCCAAGCUGAAGUGGGCCGAAGGCGUGCAAAAAAUUCGGAUGAACGAUGCGUUGGAUAGUAAGAAACAUUUAGAGCACUUUAUCGAUACGACCUCGCACGAAAUGCGAAAUCCUCUAUCUGCUAUUAUGCAGUGCGCCGAUGGUAUUUUGGCUGCGCAGCCUCCGGCUGAUAACGCCUUGCCUAUGCCAUCCCCCAACAGCUACGCGAGUAUACUGGACCAGACACUCGAUGCAGCGCAAACCAUCGCUCAAUGCGCACAGCAUAUGAGGAUAGUUGAUGACAUUCUGACCGUUUCGAAACUUGAUUCGGGUCUUCUGGCCAUCACUCCAAUUGAUGCGCAACCCGAAAGCGUAGCCAGCCACGCCGUAAAGAUGUUUGAGAGCGAAGCAAAGGCCGCAGACGUCGAUAUGACUUUGCAUAUCGACUCCUCAUUCAGAGACUUGCAGGUUGAUUGGAUGUCAUUAGAUCCAACCAGGCUGCUUCAAGUACUCAUCAACCUCAUCACAAACGCGCUCAAAUUCACACGCCUUGAAGCAACACGUCGCAUCAAAGUUACCGUUGCAGCAAGUAAAGAGGAGCCAACAUCAGUUACCGACGACGUUCUGUUUGAGACAAAGCUUGCUAAAGAAGAUCCCAGGCUAGUAGAAGAUUGGAAGAUGGGGUCGACACUGUACUUGAGAUUCUUCAUCGCCGACACGGGUCGAGGACUGUCUGAACAUGAGAGAAGCACUUUAUUUGGCCGCUUUGCCCAAGCAUCACCAAGGACUCACAUCAACUACGGCGGCUCCGGACUGGGUUUGUUCAUUUCGCGCCGGCUCACAGAGCUACAGGGUGGGGCUAUUGGAUUAUCAAGCGAACCCAAGAAAGGAAGCACAUUUUCCUUCUACAUCAAAACGAGAAGGUCAAUCACAGUGCGCAGCCGGAGGUCGAGCAGUCUACCGGAUGUCUUUCCCGAAGACAUGAGGCACCGAGCCACCACGCGUCAAGAGAUAGAUCAACUGCGUCGGCCAGUGGAAUCGCCAGCUCGAGAGCAUCGUAAUCCAACAUCGUCAUUCAAAACACAAUCGUCUGCAGAAUCAUCCCAGAGAUCUGUGUCACACGAGAGCAAAUCUCCCUCAAAACGUAAAGCGGUCAGGCCAUCUAUCGUGCGUCAGCAAUCAGCGCUCAACUCCGACGUGCCCGCAGAGGCAAUAGGCCUACCUCCCAGGCUAAACUUGCGCGAGCUGAAACGAGCGAACAGCAUACCCCGCACCCUUCAUGUCUUAGUCGUAGAAGACAACCUCGUGAACCAGAAAGUCCUUGCGAAGCAGCUACGAAAUCUGGGGUGCAUCGUUAGCGUGGCCAACCACGGAGUCGAAGCUCUGGAUUUUCUCAAGACCACCAGACACUGGAGCAGCGACGACCGGCCCUCUACAGGCGCGCGUUCAGUCGAAUACUUGUCACCUGAAGAACCCAUCGAGCACUUUGUGGACUUGAAUGUCAUUCUCAUGGAUUGGGAAAUGCCGAUCAUGAACGGCUUAGAAGCCACGUCCCAAAUUCGACAAUUAGAAUCAUCGGGGGCGUUGUCAUGCAGGAUCCCGGUGAUUGGUGUCACGGCAAACGUGCGGCAACAGCAGAUUCAAAUGGCAAUGGAUGCGGGCAUGGAUGACGUUGUUAGUAAGCCAUUUCGUGUAGCGGAGUUGAUGGGAAGAAUGAGAGGGAUUGUGCAGGGCAUCUGGGGAAAGGAUGGCGAGAAUUUUGAAGGGAAUGGUGGCGAGUGA